AGAUAGGUAGACGGCGGCGGCGGCGGCUGCUGGAGAAACCUCCACUAAAACCCUAGCUUCCUCGCGGCUCCUCUCCGCCGCGGCCAUGGCGAAGACGAAGCCCAUGGCUGCUGCUGCGGCGGCGGAAAAGAGGCAGGACAAAAAGAAGGGGAAGGGCAAGAAGAAGGGGAGGAACGGCCCCGCGGCCGUCGCGAUGAAGGCCCGCGGCGCGGCGACGGCGGCGAGCAACAACCCCUUCGAGGCCAUCUGGUCGCGCCGCAAGUUCGACGUGCUGGGCAAGAAGCGCAAGGGCGAGGAGCAGCGCGUCGGCCGCGCCCGCUCGGAGGCCAUCCACAAGAGGGAGAACACGCUGCUCAAGGAGUUCGAGCAGAGCGGCAAGUCGUCGGUGUUCCACGACCGGCGGAUCGGGGAGAGGGACGAGACGCUGCCCGAGUUCGACAAAGCUAUUCUCCGCCAGCAGCGUGAGCACAUGGCAAAGCUGAAACGACAAAGCAAAUACAAUCUAUCUGAUGAUGAGGAAGAUGUGGUUGAUGCUCACCGUCCUCACCCACUUUCGGGCAAAGAUGAUUUUGAUGAAGAAGUACAUCUUGAUGAUGAUAGUGAUGAAGAAGGCCAAAUGAUCCUAUCGAAGAACCGCAUAUCUCUCCAAAGUGGUGUCGUUCUUUCAGAAACUGAUCUUUCUGAAGAAACUAAUGUUCACAAGAGCAAAAAGGAAGUUAUGUCAGAGAUCAUUUUAAAGAGUAAAUUUUACAAGGCCCAAAAGGCCAAGGAGAGGGAAGAGGAUGAACAUCUUGUAGACAAGUUGGAUAGUGACUUUGCAAUGCUAGCACAGACACAGGCUCUAUUGUCCUUGACUCGAUCAGCUAGAAUGGAUGCAAAUAAAAGUAGUUCAAGUGCGGUCCAGAAAGAUUCAUCUGGUUUGACAGCGAAGGAGAUUUUUAAUAAGGACAAACCAGAUGCAUAUGACAAAUUAGUCAAAGAAAUGGUGAUGGAUCAACGUGCUCGUCCAUCAGACAGGACAAAAACUCCAGAAGAAAUAGCUCAGGAAGAAAAAGAACGUCUUGAAAAGUUGGAGGAAGAGCGUCAGAAACGAAUGCUUGGAACUGCUGACUCUGAUGAAGAUGAUGAUGAUGACGAUGAAAAGGGUGACCGCAGCAGGAAGCUGGACAGUUCAAAACCUAUAUCCGGUGAUGAUCUUGGUGAUUCCUUUUCUUUGGAUGAGCCAGCAAGAAAGGAAAAGGGCUGGGUUGAUGAAAUUUAUGAAAGAGAGGGUAAAGAGAUUGGAGAAGAUGCUGUAGGAUCAGACGAUGAAGAAUCUGAUGAUGAUGAUGGUGAUGAUGAUGAUGCUGAGGAUGAUGCUGGUGAUGAAGAAGAUUCUGGCGAUGAAGAGGAUUUAAGUGAUAAUGACUUCGGUAAUAUGUCUGCUAGAGACUGGGAGCAAAGCGAUGAUGAUGAGGUUGCUGUGGAAGAUGAAAUGGAAGGUCUCAAAGAGGAGAAAAAGAUCAGUGGUAAAGUGGUGAAAAAAGAUCAACAAACUUUAAAGAAAGUGUCUAAUGCAAAGCCACAAGUCAAGGAUGACAAUCUUCCAUUUGUGAUAGAAGCACCAAGUAACUUGAAAGAUCUAUGCUUCUUGUUGGAUGGUCGCUCAGAAACUGAAAUUGUUGAGAUUAUUAGUCGAAUACGCACUUGCAAUUCAAUAAGGCUUGCAGCUGAAAAUAGAAAGAAGAUGCAAGUUUUCUAUGGUGUUCUCCUUCAGUACUUUGCAGUUUUAGCUACUCAGAGUCCAGUGAGAUUCAAACUGAUUGACACCCUUGUUAAACCUUUAAUUGAGAUGAGUGGGGAGACUCCAUAUUUUGCUGCCAUCUGUGCAAGGCAACGACUUAUCCACACACGUACUCAUCUAUGUGAAGAUAUCAAGGUUCCAGGAAAAAGCUGUUGGCCAAGUUUGAAAACAUCACUUCUUCUGAGGCUAUGGUCUCUUAUAUUUCCCUGCUCUGACUUCCGCCAUGUGGUAGCAACUCCAAUGCUUUUGCUUAUGUGUGAAUAUUUGAUGCGUUGCCCCAUACAAUCUGGUCGGGAUGCAGCUGUUGGUUCUUUCUUGUGUUCCAUGGUGCUUGUGGCCACUAAAGAAUCUAAGAAGUUCUGUCCUGAAGCUAUUGUAUUUCUGCAAUCCCUUUUGGUAACAUCUCUUGGAGGAAAUCUGGGACCUCAUCUACGAAAACAGAUCAAUGAUCAAUUUUUGGAGCUCAAGACAAUGAAACCAUGGCUUCAUAUUCAUGAAAAAGUGCAUGAAGUGAAUACAGUGAAUAUCCUGGAAGUCAUGAGCAUGGAUUCUGACGAUCCUUAUUUAGCCUCUGAUAAGUUCAAGGCUGGUCUACUUCUAGCUGUGGCUGAAUGUCUAAGGGGCUUUGUUAUUAUACAUGAAGAAUUAUGUUCGUUCCCUGAAAUUUUUUUGCCAAUCUCUUGUUUGAUGAAAGAAAUUAUGGAUAAAUCAGACUUGCCUGGCUUGGUACAAGACAUUUUCCAUGAAGUUAUUGAGUUGAUUAAAAACAGAAGUGAUGAAGUCCAUGCAUCAAGGGAGCCACUCCAAAUGCGAAAGCAGAAGCCUGAACCAAUCAGGCAGUUGAAUCCAAAAUUUGAAGAGAAUUACAUUAAAGGCCUUGAUUAUGAUCCUGACCGAGAAAGGGCACAAAUGAAGAAACUGAAGAAACGCCUUAAGAGUGAGAAGAAGGGUGCAGUGCGUGAGCUCCGUAAAGAUAAUUAUUUCUUAUCUGCUGUGAAGGAGAAGGAUAGGAUGAAACAAGAGCAAGAGAGAGCUGAAAAGUAUGGAAAAGCCAUGGCUUUCCUUCAGGAGCAGGAGAAUGCUUUUAAAUCUGGUCAGCUAGGGAAAGGCAGGAAAAGGAGGCGGUAACAUUUUCUCCCUAUUUAGUGAGUGUAAAUAUUUUGACUAUAUUCGUCUCUGUUCGGUUCAUUGUCAUUCUUCGGUACUGAAGAUCUAGAAACAGCGAAUGGUACAUGCCCCAUUUUAACUGCCUUUUGUAACUUGGUGGACGCACCGAACUGCAAAAGUACAUGGCCAGAACUCUACUAUUAGCGAUAUGGAACAUCUCUUGCAUGAAAGCUACAUUGGAAGAAAGUUUAUCCGUCUGCAAUCUCAACAAACCAACAAGGGAAAAAAGGGUUUUAUUUCUCCUAUAUCAAGAAUGGGUUGCUCUACUGUGUUAUGACUAGUGCUAGCAAUUUUGAUGUAGCACAGCUAAGAGUUUUUGAUGUAUUCCCUUUCUUUUUGCACUCAUCAGGUGUACUGGAAUGUAAACCAAAGGACUCCUUAUGUAAUAUUACUUAAAUUUGUAGCCAUUACUUGUCAUGUAGUUCACUGUUUCUGAAGUUUGCUCAUAUUGCAACGGAAGCAUUGUGUUUACC